AUAUUCAAAAUGUUUGUUUGUUGUAGGACGGCUGAGACAUAUGUGGGGACAUGUCACACAUGUAGGACCAAACAAAGCAGAAACACUGCAUUCUGAGAGGGAGUGAGAGCCCCAGAAAGUUAGGAUGGGUAAUCUGAUCAAAGCAGCUGUAGGAGAUGCAAUUCUGACUUCCCUAUUUGUUUUCGUUGCCCCAAUCAUGCGGGUGUUCACAGCCAUCUUAGCUUCAUUUCUUGGAUUCCAAGCAAGGUCCUUGAUAGGCCGUUUCAUCACCACCAUACAUGCCACAGUUCUAGUCCUGAUAUUCAGCAUGAUUGGCAAGCUCUUGGGUGGUGCCAGCUUCAAUCCUUCCACCACUGUCAGUUUCUACGCUGCCGGCCUCAACCCGGGAACUUCCCUGAUCUCUAUGGCAGUUCAGUUCCCGGCUCAGGCCGUCGGCGGAGCAGGUGGCGCCAAGGCCAUCCUGCAACUGAUGCCUGAAAAGUAUGAGCAAUUUGUCAAAGGGCCUUCUCUGAAAGUGGACUUGAAAAGUGGUGCUAUUGCUGAAGGGUUGUUCACUUUUUCUCUUUGUUUUUCUCUGCUUUGGGUUAUGCUCAAGGGUCCUAAGAAUCUUAUUCUGCAAAUAUGGUUGGUUAAAGUGGCUACUGUGGGAUUGGCUAUAGUGGGGAGUGGAUACACAGGGCCUUCAAUGAACCCUGCUAAUGCUUUUGGCUGGGCUUAUGUUAAUAACUGGCACAAUACUUGGGAGCUCUUCUUUGUAUAUUGGAUUGGUCCUUUAGUUGGAGCAGUUUUGGCUGCUAGAGUCUUCAAGAUUUUGUUUCCUCCACCAGAAACAAAGGAGAAGAAAGCCUGAAAGGAGUUUGAAUAUGUAAUUCAGUAGCAGAUAUAUGAAUCUCUGCUCUCUGUAUAUGAAUGUUGUGCAUUCAUUCAAUUAAGGAAAUGAAUUUUUUAGAAUUUAGAUCAAGAUUAGAUUCCCUUCUUUCUAGUUCUCAACUUCUCAUCGCCUCUUGC